GGCGCAGUGCGGUCGCACACCUGUGGCCGCGGGAAUGUUAAAUGGCGAGACGGGAGGGGGCUGCUCUGUACCGGACGAGCGAGCCUCCUGACACGCAGCCAGCAAAGCAAGCGAGGGCGUCAAAAAACUAAUAAAAUAAACACACACAACACCGUUUGUGAAGGAUUAAAUAAUGAAUAACGCGUCCGACCCUACCGAGGGUGAGCAGCCCCCUCUGCUGGCCGGGCAGGGCAGUGCCUGGGGGGUGAAUGAAGAUGACGACGACUCCCCUCUGCUCCAGGAGAUGGCCGAGGAAGACGAGGAGAUCGAUCUGUACAACGAGGAGACCUUCGGACUGGAUAUUGAAUCAGGGGGAGAGGAGGAAGAUCCCACAGAUUUAUUCCUCUUCUGCGGAGAAUUCACCAAAAAUUCAAAAACACAUCCCCCCAGCUCCCCGCCUCGAAAAGAGGAGACCCCAGCCGAACCGAAUCCAGAAGAACCACAGGCCCCGGCCCAGCCUGGGACCGCAGUGACCGAGCCUCCCCAGCCUCCCCAGCCUCCCCAGCCUCAAACACCCAAACCUGAGUCCACCAUCCCGCUCAAGCCCCAGGCUUCAUUCUUCACAGCAGGCCAGAAGGAUUACAGAGGAGCCCGGAGACGGGAAUUUGGGAAGAGAGUGGAAUUCCAGGAUCCAGCCGUCAUUCGGACCAUUGAAGGCCGACCAACUUUAGAGAGUUUGGACAGCGCUAUAGUGGACAGUGGGAUUAGCUCGAUUUGGGAUGAUAUGGAUACUGAGAAUGACCAGACGGUCACCGAUUCUGGACUCUGGAUACCGCCCCACUUCAGCAGCCGGACUCAAACCCCCUGUCCCGUCCUGGAGGACAAUGCCGUCUUGAGGGUGAUUGACAGGUCAGCAGACCACAGGAUCCUGCCCACCACCCUUGACUUCUUGUCGUCGCCCGCGUCACGCCGUUACCCAGCAUCCCCUGUUUCGAACGGCGAUCAGUCAAGUCAUGUGUCGCCCAGACCGUUCGGUCAAAGAUACCAACAGAUGCAAAGUCCCAUGAUGCCUCAGUCCCCCCUGUGUCCCAUGCGACCUUUCACCUCUAGGUUUGGGCAGCCCGGUCGCUUCCUCUCCCCCUUCCACCCCUCCUCUCCCAAUAUCAGCACCCCGACUCGACCUCUGACCCCCAAGAUGCUCCAGAUGCGUUUCGGCCCCCGGUCCCCAGCGCCUGGCCCCGCCCCCUUUUUCAGCCCGCCAGCCAAUCCCAUGCGAUUCAGGUUACCAGGUCAUGUGACUCAGCUCCACCCCCAGCACAGAAGGAUUCUCAACCAGAGACAGCAGAGAACGCAGAGCUCCCUGAGAAAGCCUGCUCGCCUGGACCCCUACUCCAACAUCAUGUCUCAGAAGGAGAAGGACUGGGUGAUCCGACUGCAGAUGAUUCAGCUGCAGAGUGAGAACCCGCACCUGGACGAUUAUUACUAUCAGGCGUAUUACCAUAAGCUGGAGCGAAAGCUGGCAGAGGAGGAGAUGUUGGGAGACAGGACGAAGAGGGAGCCCCCCAAACUCAUCACCCCCUACGUGCAGAAAGCAGAGACAUAUGAGCCAGUGGUGCACAUCGAGGGCUCGCUCGGUCAGGUUGCAGUAUCGACGUGUUUCUCUCCUCGUAGAGCCAUCGACGCCGUCCACGCGCACUCGCCAGACGAGGAGAACAAGGAUUUGGGUCACCAAAAAUUAGCCAUCCUGAACACCAUAGAAAAAAUGUACAUGAUCUUGCUGGAUGUGGAGGAGGCGGACAGGAAGCUGUCCGCGUUCCCCGAGGAGAAUCGCUCUCGUUUCAAGGACCAGCGGCAACGCAAAGUACACCUGCUGUUCCGCAUGCUGAAGGAGGGGCAGCUCGACACAGACAAAUCAACGGUCAACUUCCUGCCCUUCCUGUUGGUGGCCAAAGGCAAGCGUCUGGUGGCCAGACUCCUCCCCUUCCUGUCCCAUGACGCUGCUUUGGAGAUUCUCACUGCCGUGUCCAAUGAGCUUCCUCUUCUGAUGGCCAGGGACACCAGCCCAGACGAGUCCCUCCCUGUGCUGUACCCCCCUCUCUGCGUUGUGAUUGGCGGACUCUCCUUCACUCGGCUGAUUCGGGUCCUUCAGGGGUUUACCGCCGCGUUGCCUGACUCGAAAGACACGCGGCUGUCUCUGGCCUGCCAGAACAAGUUUGGGAUCUCGUUCCUGUACGCCCUGCUGAGUCAGGGGGAGAGACUGCUGUCUUCAGAGACCCCGAUGGAACCCAGUAUCGGAGACUUCGAGAGCUGGACCGACAUAGUGUUCCUGGUUGCUAAGCAACUCUCCCAGAUGUCUCGCUCCUCACUGGUCGAGCCCCUCCUGCUGCCGUCCAAUCUGCUGUCUCUGUUCUGCCGCUACCUGGACAAGCAGACUGUCCACCAGCUCGAAGACAACAUGGAGCGAUCAGGAGCAGCGUGUUGUCCAGCCAUCUCCUCUUAACACCUGGCAAAAAACCAGGAAUAACAAUUCAACUGCUGUUCCUUGUGGAAUAACUAACCUGUUAUGGGUAGAUGUGAAGGAGAGUCAGGGAGGGGGAAUCAGGCUCCUAUUGCACAGCAGUGUGAUCCAGUCCAGGUUUCACUAGCAGCUUGAUCAGCCCCCGGUGUGUCUU